UCCGUCUUCCCCGGGCCGCUGGAAUGGGACACACAGCAAAUGGUUCCUCCGCAUUGCAACUGGCAUCAUCCUCGUCCGGCCAGGGGUAUGCUGUAACUAGUCGCCAGACCCCAGCUCGCCAUGGGCGCACUACCGUUGUUUAAUGGCGAUAUGCCGGCCGGCGAGAACACACUAUGCCCACUUAUUUUGUGUAUAUUUAGACCACACAGCUGUAUAACGACCCUAAAUAAUUAACUAGCUAAUCUAAUACCAUGCCUGCCAUUGCCUCCGGGACACGAAUCGCAGCAUUCAUCAGCCCGUAUUUUCCGCAGGCCUUACCUUGGACACGGAGUCAUGCGCCAACGCUCCGUGAAGCCACGGCCAGGGAUGUAGUUAGGUACUUCUGAGUAAACCCGGUCACAGUAGCUAGCUGGUACUGCUACCUGUGCUCUGCCAUGCAUGCUGAAGUAAGAAGACGGCGGGGUGAGCAUCUGCAUCCAUCUCCAUCGUCUCCAUCUAUGAAGCUGCGGGUGGCCGACGGAGCAGUAUAAAUAUAGGGAGGCUCUUCGUCCGAAUAACACUUUAUCUCCAUCGCCCCCAUCUCCAUCUACCUACACCUACCAUCACCACCGCCAUCACCAUCACCAUCGCCCAUCAGCAACAAGAAGAAGUCUAUCACUCUAGCUAUAAGCUGAGGAUAGUGACCAUGCCGGGCAUCCUGCUCAGCCAGUUCCCAGACGAAAUUUUGCACAGCAUCCUCACCUACACGCCGCCGUCCGCCGCCAUCGCACUCGAGCAGACCUCCAAGCGCUUCUCGCACAUCACCAAUGCUCCCUUGCUAUGGGCCGGCUACUGCAAAGCCUCGUUUCGCUUCUGGGAUAAGCGUCAUGACAUCACCGACAAGUUUGCCAGGCCGGCAAAGAGCGUGCAGUGGAAAGAAUUGUACAAGCUGAGGCAUCAGAUCGACCGCUCGACGACGGAGAUACUGGACAGCAUCCUCGCCAGCCAGACAGGACGCAUAGAGAAGAUUCACCGCAUCGUCAGCUUUGGCUAUGAUGCGAAGGAUACGCUGAUCAGACACGCUGACGCUCCUCAAGACCUUGAAGACUACCUGGCCAGGAGAUACUACAGCAAUGCUAUACUCGGCUGUCUGCAUCGAACGCUGGCCAUUCCCACCUGGAACAGGCUCAGGAACGGCGAGGAUGUGUCUCUCGAACACGCCCUGGGAGCCUUUGACAUGUUCAUCCUCGACUCUGGCACCGGAGAUUUUGACGACAUAUCACGGAGCUUGAACAACAUAGUUGGACGGAUGAAACGCCAGUACCCUAAUAUCCUCGAGUACACGCCCCGAGAGCGAGCGAUCAUGACAGCAGAAUACCUCCGAGAAAACAAUCUUACCGGGAUCGAGUCCGGCAGGGAGUUCUACAACAUUGAGCACAACUUCCUGGGCGCCGCUCUGACCAGUGAACGGCACAACUCACUGCCUCUGAUCUCCGCAGCUAUAUACUGCUAUGUUGCUCAGAGACUCGGCCUCGAUGCCCAUCCGUGUGGCUUCCCCUUCCACGUUCACGUUAUCAUCCGCCCAGAGCCCAAUCACGACCUUGCUGGCAAUCGACUGCCAGACGGAGAAGAGGGCGACUUCAUGUACAUGGACCCUUUCCGCUCGACCAGCGAGACUCCCGUAUCCGAGCUACAGAGCCAGCUGAACUUCCUGGGAGCCCUCACCUUGUCGCAGUCAACGUUCCUUCGCGAGUCAUUCACUGCCGAGAUCGUGCUUCGAUGCGGCAAGAACAUACUCAACUCCGUCCUGCAGACACCACACUUCCGUCAGACGUCUCUCGACAUUGUUAACGUCAAGUAUGCUGCCCUUUGGGCAUCCAUGCUCUUUGCCAAAUACGCAAAUCCCGAUCGACAGAACAUCCCCCAGGGCCCUGAGCGCCGACGAGCCGAACAUCUGCCUCUACGCCGCCACCUGCCAUCGCUGAUGGAGCACUUUGCUACGGAUUUCCCAGCAGACGUGUAUCUCAUCGAGCAGUAUCUGAUCCCGCUGUUCCAGAGCCUGCCUGAAUAUGAGCAUCUACGCGAGAGCGUCAGCGUGAUGAAGGCCAGUGAUGAGAUACCAAAGCAGGUCCGGCGAAGGAACUCAGCCAACGGCAACGUCAAGUACAAGGUUGGCCAGCUCUUCCGUCACAAACGAUAUGAGUACAUCGGCCUUAUUACCGGCUGGGACCCUGAGUGUGGUGCUGGCGAGCAGUGGAUGGAGCGUAUGGGAGUGGACCGUCUCCAUGCCGGACGCCAUCAGUCUUUCUACCACGUCUUGUAAGUUUUUCAUAUCUUUUUCCCCCUGAACAAAGGGAAAACAAUACUAACGACAUCCAGGGUGGAAGAUAAAAGCGUCCGCUAUGUCGCGGAAGAAAACAUCGAAAUAUGCGAGCUCGAGGCUUCCGAAGUGCCGGAUGCCUUCUUCAGCUUUGCCGGCAAAUUCUUCAAGCGAUGGGACAUUGAAACCCGCCGCUUCGUGAGCAACAUCCGUGAUGAAUAUCCUGACGACUAGACUGCUCAAUAUUAUCUCGCUUGCAUCGGCUUUUUCUAUAUCAAAAAAAGAGAGAACAAAAAAAAAAAAGGAUAAAAUGCAUCAAAACUACAAAAACAUUAUCGAAAAACCAAACGUUAACGAAGACACGACAGCUUAUGAUCUCUACUUAUUAUCAUUUAGCUCUCUGGGUUUGGGCAUUU